AUGCGCAACUAAAAACCAAAACACCACAAUUUUUUUUAUUUUUCAAAGAAAUGGCAUUUUUCGUGAAGAAUUCCCAAAAAGACCGUCUUCAAUUCCUCUCAAAACAAACUCCAGAAGUUCUCGUGGAUUUUUGCAAGCUAGCCCUUGAGUACCUGGGAAGUGGUCCAAAUGAGAAGAAAUACACAAUUGCAGCUCAGAAACUAUCUGCAACACCCGAAGAUGUGGAGGCAACAGUUGAAUGCUUGAUUUCCCUUCUGAUCGAUUGUUCAGCUUUCAAUGUGACUGAAACAGACUUUGAGGAGUUGACUAAUUUGAACUUUACUCCUGAACAAGUUGGAAUUCUCUGGCAAUUUGUCACAAAUAAAAAUCAAUAUGUGAGAACUCUCCUGCAAAGUCGACGGAGUCAAGAAUACAGAUUCCGGGACUUGGAAUGGCGACUGGAAGCUCGAGUAGCUAGUAGAUCCAAUCUGGCCCAAGCUACUCCCAUGAUCACCAUGAAAUUUCACCUAGACCGUGAGACAAUUGACGAGCACAAGGACAGAAUUCACGAUGACGCUGAGGGAUCUUCGAGCCGGAAGCAGAUUGUCGUAAGUACAGAUCCGUGCAAUCUCACUCAUGUUAUUUCAACCCUGGAGAAUGCUCUGCAGCAGUCAAAAACACACAGAACAAGGAACUUUGUAAAGGCAUUCCAGCAAUAAAUAGAAUUAUUUUCAAA